AUGACCACAGCUAUUGAACAAUCAGUCGCUUAUUACAAUGGCAAAGUUUACACCUUGAACGAUUCCCGCCAGGUGGCAGAGGAUUUCAUUGUCACACCGCAAGGCACAUUUUCGACGGUGGGAACAAGGAAUGAGGUUCUCCGAAUUGCGAGAGCUUAUGGCAUCAUUACAUACAAUCUUCAUGGUCACCGGGAUAAUACCCUUAAACUCGAUAUUGCAGCACACUCUGUUUACGCUUCCAAGUUCCUUGCCAAUGAGCGAGAAGGCUCAUUCAAAGCAUUGAUAGAUCAAACUCCCAAACUUGCGACGAAACAUGUGCGUACGAGCUUUGUUAAGAUUUUGCUCGACGGCGUGCCACUACCGCCUUUAUUUUCAAGUGCUGGAAACAUUGAACAAGACAAAUGAUGUCGUCGAAACCAUCAAGGAAUUCGACCCACGUGUAUGACAGUCAAACUGCAUGCAACUGAUCGAGGCAGCACAAGACUUGCUUUUGAGGCAAUAGAGGCAGUGAGAAAAGCAGACACCACAAAUCGGAGAAUCAGACACGAGAUAGCCCACUGUAACAACAUACACCCAGAUGAUCUCCAAUAUUUUAAAAAGCAUAGCGUUACUGCAGAGCUUUCUCCCGCAAUGUUCUUCGAUCAUCCUCUUACGCCAGCAAAUAGAGCAACCAUGAACUGGAAUUUUGUCCAGUUGUUACAAUCUGGUGUUUUCCCGAUCACGAUUGGGUCAGAUUGGGGUU